AUGGCGACAUCCGAACUCCCAGAGUGGAAAGCUAAGCUGAUAGAGCUGGCUCUCAAGUCCAACAUCCUGACCUUCGGCUCCUUCAAGCUCAAAUCAAACCGCAUAUCUCCAUACUUCGUCAACUGCGGACUCUUCUGCAAAGCCAACCUAAUUCGAGCAAUCAGUACAGCCUAUGCUCGUCAGAUAGACAGCUAUGCCAAGGAGCACCCGGAAUGGGGUUUUGAUAUACUCUUCGGACCGGCGUAUAAAGGUAUACCGCUUUGCGUUACCACAGCAGAGAAGCUAGCGGGUGAGGACGAAAGCAAAUGGGGAGACAUCGCAUACAGCUUCAACCGCAAGGAGGUCAAAGAUCAUGGCGAAGGUGGCUUGAUGAUUGGUGAGAGCAUGAAAGGAAAGAGGGUGGUCAUUAUCGACGAUGUCAUGACGGCUGGGACUGCUAUUCGCGAGGCAAUCGAUAUCAUCAAUGGGCAAGGUGGGAAGCUGGUCGGUAUUAUCGUGGCUAUCGAUAGGCAGGAGAAGAUGCCUAGUCAGAGUGAGAAGGAGGGUAAGGGCGACGAUGGGACGCCCAGGGGUAGUACGAUCGCUGAGGUGAGGAGGGAGACUGGUGUGCCUGUCAUGGCCGUUUUGACGCUGAGUGAUAUGAUUGCGGGGAUGAAGAAGUUGGGACGGGAAGAGGAGAUGAAGCAGAUGGAGGAGUACUAUCAGAGGUACAAGCCAUCUGAUUGA